CACAGCUGGGCCCGGCGCGUCCUACGCAGCCGCCGCGCGAGCCGGGCUGUCGGUGCCAGACGGUUCCCCGUGGGGGGCAGGGGCGGGACUCCCGGCAGGGGAGGGGCGGCCUCGGCUCCGUCCGGCUGCUGCGAUCGAGCCCUCCCGGCCUGCGCCCAGAUAGUGCUGCGCACAGGCUCGCGGGGGCCGAUAAGGCUGCGGGAGGAGCUUGCGCACCGGCUGCACGCCCGGCCCGAAGGUCCCGCUUCUACUUGCGGACGCCUCCCGCAUCCCCCUUCCUGGGGGCCCCGGCCGCAGCGAGGGGCUGCGGUUCCUCCCACCUUCCUCCUUCUCUCCUCUAGCCCGGUGGAGGCCCGCCUGACGACUGCCAAGUUGCCAUGGCAUCCUAUUACGAGAUUCUAGACGUACCGCCAAAUGCGUCCGCCGAUGACAUCAAGAAGGCGUACCGGCGAAAGGCUCUGCAGUGGCACCCAGACAAGAACCCUGAUAAUAAAGAAGUUGCUGAGAGAAAAUUUAAGGAGGUGGCUGAGGCCUACGAAGUGCUGUCUGACAAGCACAAACGGGAGAUCUAUGACCGCUAUGGCCGGGAAGGACUGACAGGGGCAGGAACUGGUCCAUCUCGCGCAGAAACUAGUGGGGGUGUGCCUGGCUUCACCUUUACCUUCCGGAGCCCUGAGGAAGUAUUCCGGGAAUUCUUUGGGAGUACAGACCCUUUUUCAGAGCUCUUUGAUGAGCUGGGUCCCUUUUCAGAGCUGCAGAACCGGAGCACUCGACACACAGGCCCUUUCUUUGCCUUCUCUUCCUCCUUCCCUGGGCACUCAGAAUUCUCCUCCUCAUCUUUCUCCUUCAGCCCUGGGGCUGGUGCUUUCCGCUCUGUUUCUACGUCCACCACUUUUGUUCAAGGACACCGCAUCACAACACGCAGAAUCAUGGAGAACGGGCAGGAGCGGGUGGAGGUGGAGGAGGAUGGGCAGCUGAAGUCAGUUUCAAUCAAUGGUGUCCCGGAUGACCUGGCACUGGGCUUGGAGCUGAGCCGUCGUGAGCAGCAAUCGAUCACUUCCAGGUCGGGACGCCCGCAGGUCCAGCAAACCACAGUCGCACGUCCCUAUGAUGGUGACCUUUCUGAGGAUGAAGACUUGCAGCUUGCCAUGGCCUACAGCUUGUCUGAGAUGGAAGCAUCUGGGCAGAAGCCAGCAGGUGGGCGGGGGGCACAGCAACAAUGCCAGGGGCGGCCCAGGGCCCAGCACCAAGAUCCCAGCUCAGGGGGUACCCAUGAGGGUGCAAGGGGUGCAGCAGUCAAACCUACCUCAUCCCCAGAGGAGAAGGCCUCUCGCUGUCUUAUUCUCUGAACACUGGCCCCGCCCAACCUGACUCAAAUUCUGGCCCUGGGUCCAGCUUCCUGUCAGGAAAGCAAAGUGGAGAGUGGUCUGAAUUGCAGGAUCCUGACUUUGUCUUUCCAAGUUUCCCUUCUAGACCCACUACCCUCUAGUGUGUGGACCUGGGAUUUGCUGCGUUCAGCCCAGGGCUUAUGGGUAAAACCCAGGGUGGAUGGCACCAGGGCAGUGGAAGGGCCUGAGGAGUGUGGAUGUAUUUAUUGGACGGGAUGUUUCUGAGGGACACUAGUGGUUUGGAUUGGGCCUUUUGUGCCCAAAGUCCUCUGCCACCUGUGUUGCUGAUGGGGUCAAGGAAGGAGGACUUGGCCUAGGGUACUCUGAGCCGAAGUUGACAGCUACCCUGAGCAGUAGUGCUGGCCGACUCCUUGCAAGUCUGCUCUCCUUGUCCAGCUGUAGACCUGUACACCCCUGGGUCUGUACAGUGUUGUGCUCUGGUCAUCUCUUUGCUUCUCUGGUGCUCCUCUCUUUCCUCCUACUCUGCUCUGUGCAACUCCCUGCGGACCGCAUUGCUUGCUUGCUUUCUUUGCUUGCUACCUAGCUUAGGACUCCCUUCCCUAAGAAGCCUCAAUGUGCCUAACAAGAUGCCAGGGCCAGUGGGCCCAUGAGGUCUUUCAGGCAGGUUAGCUGGCUAGGCAGGAGCCUCUCAGCCAAUAAGAACUGGGACUGGAGUCCAUUCCUCUUUUCUCUUGCUGCCUCAGCCUACUUUGGCCAUGGGACCAGGCAGAGGUGAAGCUGGCUAACCCUGAACAGGUGUAGUAGGGCCAGGGUGUCCCAGGGAAACUCUUAAGUGGGGACUAUAUCCCAUACUACUUUCCCCACCAUCCACCAGGGUUCAGGGAAAGACCACAGGACCAGUCCAGGUGUGCAUGCUUGGCUCCAUCUUUCAUGGCUUGCCCCUGACCCUCUCUCCUGUCACCCAUCCCUGCUCU